CUGUCUGGCGGCCAGGGGGCGAUGUGCUCCUCGGUAGCGCGCGGCUUCCAUCAAAAGCGUUUUAAGCGAGCGGCUCUGCCGAGAAAGAAAUGAGACGAUUUCAAACAAUUAAAACAUGAAGAAAGUCUUCACCGCGGAACAAAUUUCCGAUUGGUUCACCUUGGGCACGACGUUCGCUAACGUUAAAGUCGCAGAAAAAGUGGUUGAAAGAAAAUGCGAGGAGGCGUCGUCGAAAGAAAGCAGCCCGGAUGUUCCUUAUGAGUGCAGCCUGAAAAAUGUGAACUCUGAUAGCGGACAGUUUAAAAAAACGGAACACGGAGGGAGUACCACUCCUCCACUUGCUAGCUAUGAGUACCCUAGCUUGCCCAUAACCAAAAACAGACAGAAGCUGAUUUCCCUCAUAGAAAACAACUCUGUAGUCAUCAUUCAAGGAGCCACGGGCAGUGGCAAGACAACCCAGGUGCCACAGUACAUUCUGGACCACUACAAUGGCAAAAAUACCGCAUGCAACAUUGUGGUCACCCAACCACGCAAAAUUGGGGCCUCCAGUAUUGCACGUUGGGUUGCCACCCAGCGGAAGUGUACACUGGGUAGUCUGGUGGGAUAUCAGGUUGGACUGGAAAAGACGGCUACCGAGCACACAAGACUCAUAUAUGUGACUACAGGAGUGCUGCUGCAAAAACUGGUUUUAGCCAAGUGCCUCACAGAGUACUCCCACAUUUUCAUCGAUGAGGUUCAUGAGCGCAGUGAGGAAAUGGACUUCCUCCUGCUGGUUUUGAGAAAACUUCUUCAUUCCAACUCAUCUUAUGUCAAGAUCAUCCUUAUGUCAGCCACUAUUAACUGCAAAGAGUUUGCUGACUACUUCGGAAACCCAAUUUGUGGCAAAAUGAACCCGGCCUAUGUAUUUGAUGUGGAGGGGGUACCCUAUGCAAUUGAGGAGUUUUAUCUAGAUGACCUCAAAGCACUGUUUUCAUACACUGCAGUAAGAUGGAAAAUGUUUUCUGAUGCUAAUGUGUUCUGUACCAAAGCCAAAUGGUUAAUCUGUGAAUGUAAUGUAUGCUUGUAUCAGACUGAGUUGCUUGAUCCAGAGGACCCCCAGAUCUCAGUGGAGAUGUACAAACUCUCCGUCAGUCUCAUACAGAGCUUUGAUGAGAUGGAGGGCAGAGAUUCCAGCAACGGCAAAGAACAGACUUCGUCAGAGCAGGGCAGUGUGCUUGUUUUCCUUCCUGGUAUACAUGAGAUAAGCUACAUGCAGGAGGCCUUGUCCCAACUGUUCCACAAAAGAUUGCAGGUCUAUCCUCUCCACUCCAGUGUGACUCUAGAGGAGCAGAAUGGUGUGUUUCUUCCCCCUGUCCCAGGAUACAGGAAGGUCAUCCUUUCCACCAACAUCGCAGAGAGUUCAGUAACUGUUCCAGACGUCAAAUAUGUAAUUGAUUUCUGCCUUGCCCGUCGCAUGGUCUGUGAUCGAGAAACCAACUAUCAGUCUUUGCGGCUCACCUGGGCGUCCAAAACCAACUGCAACCAGCGUCGAGGAAGGGCAGGUAGAGUUUCUAAGGGCUACUGUUACCGUCUGGUCACCAAAAAGUUCUGGACAAAUGAAAUCCGAGACUACAUGAUCCCUGAGAUGCUGCUGGCCCCGUUGGCCACCAUUGUGCUGAAGGUCAAGCUGCUGGAUAUGGGAGAUCCGCGCUCCCUCCUUUCCACAGCCCUGUCACCCCCCAACAUUGGAGACAUAGUGAGGACAGUGCUCCAACUCAAAGAGAUGGGUGCACUGUCUGCAAAAAGGGAUGAUAGUGAUCACGAUGGUGAGCUAACGUUUCUGGGGCGUGUGCUGGCCCACCUGCCUGUCGACCCGUGCCUGGGGAAGAUGAUUGUCUUGGGCCACGUCUUUGGCUGCCUGGAUGAGUGCCUCAUCAUAGCUGCCUCGCACUCGCUGAAGAGUUUCUUUGCCAUGCCAUCCAUGCAGCAGCUUGCUGGCCACAGGAGCAAGCUGGCCUUCACCCGUGGCACACCAAGUGAUUCCAUAGGUUUGGUCAAUGCCUUCAAGGAAUGGCAGUCAUCCAAAAAGAAAGGACAGCUGAGACACCCAAAGGAUGAGUUUGUCUGGGGGAAAGAGAACUUCAUUCAGAUCAAGAGGAUCAGAGAGGUUGCAGAGCUGUUCGAGGAGCUGAAGAAGCGUGUGUCCCAGUUCAACAUGAAUGUGCCGGAGAGCCCCCCGUCCCUUGAUUACUCCAGCACACACCGGCAGAAGUUCAUUCUUCAGGUGGUCAUUGCUGGUGCCCACUACCCCAACUACUUUGUCCAGGGAGAAAUGGAUGACAACCUGGCCACCAGGGAGUUGUGUGGCUUCAACCCCAGAACAACAGUGAUGCUGAGGCACCUCCCUCCAUACCCAUUCCUGUACUACAAGCAGCUGCGGUCUCUGUUCCGUCUGUGUGGACAGAUCAAAAACAUUUCCUUUGAGAGCUCCAGAGCAUAUAUGGAGUUUCACAGGACAACAACCAAAGAUGAGGGGAUCUUGCCUGAGGUGUCUCUUGCCCUCCUGGCAAAGCAGAGUGAUAUGAAGCUGUCUGUCUUCCCAAUCGAACAGAUUGACAGCUUUGAAGGACGCCAAAACAUUAAUAACAUAAAAUCUGCACGUGUGAAUGUGGACCUGCAGAGCCAGUCUGUCUGCCCGGUGUCAGUGGUUAGCGGGAACAUCAACCCGAAGGAGCUACCCCCGAGCCGCCUGUUUGCGGUCAACAUCACACAGGUUCUGGAUAUUGGGCAUUUCUGGGGCUUUGGAGCGGAUGAAGCCAGCUUGGUGAAGCAGCGCCAUCUGACAGGAGAGAUAAACUCGCGGCAGCUGCUCCCUCUUACUGUGUCGCUCUACCCCAACCUGCAGUGCCUGGCUCCGUACUCUGAGGCCAAUGACACGGACAUGUACUACCGCGCCAAGAUCCUGCACAUACGUGGCAAUACAGUUGAAGUCUUCUUCUUGGAUUUUGGCAACACUGCGGUUGUUGCCUGCAGCAGCCUCAGGGAGCUCCCCGCUGACCUCCAGGCUCACCCAUUCCAGGCUCAGGAGUUCCAAGUAAUUGGAAUGCGUCCUUCCGCCAAGUCCAUCAUCCACGGGAACCCGUGGAGCAGCAAAGCCCGCAAUCGGUUUGUCACACUACUGAAGGGCCAUUCCCUCAUUGUGUCGCUGUACUCCAUCCUCCAUGGUGUCAUCCGUGUGCAGCUGCUCAUCAACACGGAGACAACAAAAACCAACGUGGCAGACAUUAUGGUGGAAGAAGAACAUGCUGAAAAGGCCGAAGAGAGCUUUGAUUCCAAGCAAAACCAUGAAUAUCUGAUGUCCAUGUAUCAAGAUAUGGAACUGGGCACAAGUGUCCCUUACACUACGAGCAGCUACUAUAAAGAACGCAAGAAAGAGGAGAAGCAGAUCAUUGACAACCUACUUUCCCAUUUUUCCACAAGCCGACAGGCCCAAUCCAAGACAAAGGUCCAGCUUCAUGGCCCAUACAGUCCUUACAAGAUCAACUUCUACAGUUUGGGUCGCAAGACCUUGGACAAGAAGGUGUGCGUGGACAAAUUAAGCAUCAACUCCGUGAUCCUUAAUGAAAACCCUCAAAACAAACACCAGAGGAUGCUGGUGGCCGGGAGUGUGUCAGUCAACUCAACAGGGACACGUAUUCAGCUGAACGAUACAACCUACAUGCCAGACAUCCCUGGACUGCCUGCGCUCCUGACGAUGCUCUUCACCCCCGUCAUGGAGUUACGCACUGAUGAAGAGAGGACCUGCUACACCGGCGCCCUGUGUGGCCUCGGCUGGAACAGUGAAACACAGCAGGCCGUCCUACCAGAGCACAAUAUCGAGCUCAGCUUUGACGUCAAAGUCGAUGUAGAAGACAUCACAGAGAUAAAUGCCUUGCGAGUGGCUAUAAACACCCUGGCGUGUGAAGGGCCCGGUGGGACCCUGCACCUGGGUCCCGACAGGAUAAGCGCACUGCAGGAGGACUGCAGGGAACGCCUCAUAAGGCUUUUUACUAAGUCGCCGCCAAGGGAAGCUGUCACUCCAGUGUACUACGAGAAAAGUGAUAAAUGGAACCAGGUGGAUCCAGCUUUGAGGAUGGAUAUUGCAGAGCCUGGUGGAGGAAGGGCCAGAGGUGUUUUCUUCCAGCUGCACCCAAUCACACUUCUCAACAUCUAAAAACAGCUGGAAACAGUUGUACUUUUUGAUUUGGAAUAGAUCAUGUUCUGAUAGGUCUUAAGGCUUCACUUUGUUUUUAUGUUCAGAGUAUUUAGGUUCACAUGGGUCUGUAGCUCAACAGUUGCCAAGUGCAAAAUCCUUAAUUCUUGCUUUGACUGCAUCUACAACUGGUGUAAUUAUUCCGUUGGAAUAUGUUUCUGCAAAUAAGAAAUGUAAAAGUUCAUUCUGUAUAGCUCUUUGUAACCGCAGGCUAUUAAAAAUAGUUCUUUGCAUCAGA